UCAUAGGAGCCUUGAAAAUCAAAUUAUAGUUUUCUGUCAUUCUUUUCCAAAUUUUCAAGUGAAGUGGACACACAAACCAAAUUUGCCUUGGAAAUUUCUCAAAAUUUCAAGUUUAUUCAGAAAGCAUAAAAAAAUAAAACACUCAAAAAAUGAGCUUCAGUAACCGCGAGACCAUUUCCGUCCACAUUGGGCAGGCUGGAAUUCAGCUGGGAAAUUCGACGUGGGAGCUAUACUGUCUGGAACACCAAAUCGCUCGGGAUGGCCAGCUGAGCGAAUUGGAACCAAACUGCGCGGACGAUGGUAACAGCUUCGUUGGCACCUUUUUCCAGAGGACCGCAGCAGACCGAUACGUCCCACGAGCAAUACUGGUGGACACAGAACCCACCGUGAUAGAUCAGGUCAAAACCGGCCCGUUCAAGAAUCUGUUCCACCCGGAUAAUCUGAUCAGCGGAAAGGAGGACGCGGCGAACAACUUUGCUCGGGGCCACUUUCACAUCGGUAAGCAACUGCUCGACAGUACCAUGGACGUCAUCCGGCGAACAGCGGAGGAAGCUAACAGCCUGCAGGGCUUCUUCAUGUUCCACUCGUUUGGUGGUGGCACUGGGUCGGGAUUCGCAUCGUUGUUGGCGCAAAAGUUGGCCGAUAACUUUUCUAAAAAGUGCAAACUGGAAGUUGCCAUCUAUCCGUCGCCUCAUAUCUGCACCAGCGUGGUAGAGCCGUACAACUCCGUUCUGACCACUCACACCUCAAUGGACCACUCGGAUUGUACCUUCCUGGUGGAUAACCAAGCCAUCUACGAUAUCUGUAACAAAAAAUUGAACGUCGAACGUCCUGAAUAUCUCAACUUGAACCGGUUGAUCAGCCAAGUGGUGUCCAGCAUAACGGCGUCGCUUCGAUUUGGCGGGGCACUGAAUGUGGACAUGAAUGAGUUCCAGACCAACUUGGUACCGUAUCCACGAAUCCAUUUUCCGUUGGCUUCGUUUGCUCCCGUGGUUCCGGUUGAGAAGCGCAACCAUGCAACUAUGGCCGUGUCGGACCUCACCGCUCAACUGUUCGAAGCUGACAACCAGAUGGUGAAAUGUGAUUUGAACAAAGGCAAGUACAUGGCGUGCUGCUUGCUGUACCGCGGUGAUGUGGUGCCGAAGGACGUCAACGCUGCCAUAGCCGGUAUCAAGUACAAGCGCACGCUUCGCUUUGUCGAUUGGUGCCCCACCGGGUUCAAGGUUGGCAUAAACCACAAAAGUCCUGUCAUGUUUGCGGAUGGUGAUCUGGCGCCGGUGCAUCGGGGGAUCUCCAUGUUGGCUUCGAACACGGCCAUCGUGGAAGCGUGGUCAAGGCUGAACCACAAGUUUGAUAUGAUGUACUCGAAACGGGCGUUCGUACACUGGUUCGUUAACGAGGGCAUGGAGGAGGCGCUCUUCAGAGAAGCGCGUGAAAACCUGGCUGCCCUGGAAAUGGAUUACCUCGAGGCGGAAAAGGACUGUGAGGACCAAACUGCGUCAUCGGACCAUUCGAACGAAGAGUUCUAAUUCUGGUCUGUGAUAGUAUAUGAACGUUGCAGUCGGACAUGUUACUGUGGUAAUACGGUUUAAAUAAGUUUAUUAUUCUCUUUGAAAUUAUUCUACGACAGUUUCAGCAAACUGAUACAAACUAAUAAAAAAAAUUAUAUUUAUUCCACUCGUGUUGGCGAGCUUAACAAUGCAACAAAUUUGUGUAUAGCAUUUUUAUCUCUAAGGUUCAAAUUUUAUUCAGACCAAAUUUAGUUAAUUUUUUAUCAUUUCUAUGGUGCAUUACAAUAUAUAGCGUACGUGCGUCCACGAGACGAUUGUUUAAUUUAGUUUUGAAUAUUGAAAGCCAUUACAGCACGUUUUCUUUUUAUCUUUUGCGCUUAGCAUUAUUUAGCUUGGAGUAGCCUUUUUCUGAGUUAAAUUUGUAUUUAGUUGACUUUUGGGUUUUGUUUUUAAAAGUUGCUUAACUUCUAUAUAUAGAUAUAAUUUUCAUAGGUUUGUUACCAUUGUAAUGAGUGUAUAGCUGCUAAUGAACUACAUUUUAUCUGCUAAUGUUGGUUUCGUCUAGAUGGUAGUUUUCUACGUUUAUUCGUUUAAAUUACUUUUAUCAAUAGUAGGUAUAAGAAGAUGUAUAUAGGCUCUGAAAAUCAAAAAAUAAAUCCUUAUGAAUUAAA